CGCGUGCUAGCCGCCGGGGAGCGGGGCUGGGCGGGUUGGAGGUGGCCGAGAGCGCGAGGACGGGGGGAGUGCCAACACGGGAGGGUGACCGCACCACCGCCUCUGUAGGCGAGCCGGGGUCGGCUGGCGACGGGGCACACCGGUGUGCUUAGCCUGGGUUCCGGCUGGAGCAGGUACCCGCCCCUGGCAGCACAUCCUCCCAGACGGGGCUCACCCGCCCGGACCCCCUGGGCCCAGAGCGCGCUCCUAGCCUGCCGCCCUGGGCCUGCUGCGGACUUGGGCCAGCCCGCCCCGCUCUGUCCGGCCGGCCGGCUCCUGCCACGGGCUAGCAGUAGGCUCUUCUUGGUCAGCAGCCUGAGAUCCGUGGCUCUCAAGCUGGCAUCUGCCAACCAGCAGCUCUUGGGAGGAAGGGUUUGGCCUCGUCCUGUCUGGGGCUCCCCCACAACUGCUUCACCCCUCCUCACAGCCCAGGCUAGGAUCCUGCCUCCCUUCUCCAAGUUUCCCAAAGACUCGCGGGGGCGGUAGGGGCGAUAAGACAGUCUUGGUCUGGGCGGAGCAUUCCUGGCACAUUCCUGCCAUUCCUUCCCAACCCCAGACCCUCAGCAUCACCCUCAGCCAGGGGUCUGCCCCUCCCCAGACUGACCGGCAGCUCAGAGAGCCGCGGGGCGAGCCGGUGGUCCCGGGGUGCUGGUGUCAGAACUGGGUGGUACCCGGUGGGGCCAGGCUGCCGUGCCCUUGCCCUUGCCCGGAGCGGAGAGGGAGGUCCUGUUUCCAGGAGGAACUUGGAGGUGCCAGGAAGAAUGUGCUUCUUCACUGCCCCUGUUUGUCUCCAGCACCUCCCCCGCCCCCGAAUUCUGGGACUCCUGGACACCUCGCCGCCCCUGACCCUGCCUUCCUCAGCUCCCCCCAGUUCUAGGGUCCCACACUCUCUUUCACUUUGCUUCAGCUGACUCAGGGCCAGAGGUGGGAGCAAGACUUGAAGACACACACACACACACACACACACACACACACACACGCACAGCCAGCGGCCUCCUGGGGAGGAGAAGGAAUUCCCAACUGUGGGCUUGGGCUGCCCGCUUUUUGGAGGGGUCCCCCCUCAGGGCUGUUUGCCCCAUGGGCAUGUGUCCCCAGGCGGGACUCCCGGGCCCUGUGGGCUCCACAGCGGGCACAUGGAUAGGCCGCCCACACCUGGAACACACCGGCCACCACCCCCGCCAUGCCGAUGCCACAGCCAUGGACACACCCCUCCCUAGACCUUGUCCUCUGCUGGCUCCGGAGCGGAUCGGGCAGCGGCCCCGGUGGGCCCAGCCUGAGCCAGUUAUGCAGCCGUUGCCUGCCGGGCCCUUCCCGGAGGAGGUGGCAGAGGAGGCCCCUGCCCAGCCCGAGAGCGAGCCCAAGGUGCUAGACCCCGAGGAAGACCUGCUGUGCAUAGCCAAGACCUUCUCCUACCUGCGGGAGUCGGGCUGGUACUGGGGCUCCAUCACGGCCAGCGAGGCCCGGCAACACCUGCAGAAGAUGCCCGAGGGCACGUUCCUCGUCCGGGACAGCACCCACCCCAGCUACCUGUUCACACUGUCCGUCAAAACCACCCGCGGCCCCACCAACGUGCGCAUUGAGUACGCCGACUCCAGCUUCCGCCUGGACUCCAACUGCCUGUCCAGGCCGCGCAUCCUGGCCUUCCCGGACGUGGUCAGCCUCGUGCAGCACUACGUCGCCUCCUGUGCCACCGACACGCGAAGCGACAGCCCGGACCCAGCGCCCACCCCGGCCCCGCCGGUCCCCAAGGAAGCGGGGGACCCUGCGCUGCCCGCCCCCGCGGCCACGGCUGUGCACCUGAAGCUGGUGCAGCCCUUCGUGCACCGGGGCCGCGCGCCCAGCCUGCAGCACCUGUGCCGCCUGGCCAUCCACCGCCUGGUGGCCGACGUGGACUGCCUGCCGCUGCCCCGGCGCAUGGCCGACUACCUCCGCCAGUACCCCUUCCAGCUCUGACCCGCCCGGCCGCCCUCGCCUCACCCCGACCUCCGGAGGGGACAGCGGCCCCGCUGGACUCAGGCCCUCGCUGCCCUCCUCCGGUCAUCCUGGUGCCCAUGUGCUUCUGGCAGCUGGACCUGGGAGAGCCCGCAGGAGCCAGGCUGGGGGGCGAGGAGCGGGGGGGAGUGUCACACAACUUGGAGGUCGCGCCCCCAGCUCCCAUGUGGCUCCUGGUGGCGAGCCACGUGUCGGAAGAGAGGGAGCCGGCAGGCCCCGGCUCACCCUGUGCGCGGGCCGGGCCCCCUCACCUGCUGCGCAGCCCCCUGAACUCCGCAGGCUUUGCCUUACACUUUGCAGGGCUCUCAGUUCUCGGGGUGGGGCGGGCCCUCCUUCCAGCCCGACUUUCUCAGGGAGGAUGGCGGCCAGAGGAACGGAGGUGGACAGUGACGUCCCCUGGUGGGGAGCAGGCCAGGCUGGGCCGCGCGGUUACACGUAUUUAUUUAUUUAUUCUCCUCGGGCUGGCCUCAGGGUGGGCCAGCCCCGCCUCUCUGCCCUGAGCCCCGAGAGCUCCGAGACCCCAGCUCCGCCCAGCUUCUCUGCUCCUCCCUGCGGAGGGCCCAUCCUGAGACGCCAGGCGCCGACGCCCCAUCUGUGGAUGUGUCCGCCCGUCUCCCCAGCCCUGUACGCAAGGUGGGCGAAUGGACAAGCACAUGGAACCGAAGCUUCAGCGCCCAGCGGAGCCUGACAGCCCCCCAUCCCUGCCCCCCAGGGCAGAGCCCUGUGUCCUCAGAGCUGGUCUCCUGGCUGCCGCUCCGCUGGCCUGGCUUCCUCCCAGGAAGGGGCCCGCCUGCCCCCUGAGAGAGAAAGAGAUGCGCAUCUGAUAAGACUUUAUAAAAUAAUUAUUAUAACAAAAACAAAAAACACACAGUUUGGUAGUCCUUCCUCUUCCACUGAUUUUUCUAUAAUGGCAAUAAAAUUGUUCCUUUCGUUCGUGGA